UGUUGGAACAGCCCACUGGAAAGGCGAGAAUGGCCCCUGGUUUUUCUUCCCAGAAACCAACUGUAUUUCUCUCUCAGCUAACCCUAGCCUUUGUCCCCUUUUAUACCCCUUCUCUCCUCACCCACCAUUUCCUUCCUCAACAUAAUCAGAGAUGCCAAAUUUCACAUCUCUGUCUUCCUUUUACCACUCAUCCUCUACCCAAAUACUGUUCUAGGAAAAAAAAAAAAGAAAAAGAAAAAGAAAACGAAAAUACAGUACUAUCUUCGUCUUUCACUGUUUUUUACUCUUUUUUCUCUCUUCUCUUAUCUUCUCUUAUCUUCUCUUCUCUCUCCUUCUCUGUUUUCCUCUGUUUUUCGUUUUUCUCCCUCAUUUCUUUGUUGUUUCCGCUCUUAUGUCCCUGCCCAGUUCUUAAAUUUGAAUUUCCUUGAGUUUUUCGCAAUACCCAUAUCGUGUUUUUUUUUUUUUAAUAAUUUUUUUCCUCCGCAAAUUCUAUCAAUCGGGUUUGUACUGGGAUCGUAAUUCCCUCUGCCUUUGUGUUCGGGAUUUUGGAUCUUUUUAUUUUUAUUUAUUUAUUUUUUUCGUGGGGGAUAUAUGCGUAUUGCUUACUCUUUGGAAUUUUGAGAGUGUGAAUGGGGAUUGAGACGACUUUGGCUGAUCGGAAAGCUAAAGAAUUCUGCGAAUUGCCGAAGGUGACGAAUUCGAAUAGCAACACGAGGAAGAGCCGGCGACGGCAGAAGAAGAUGUCGCUGGUUCAGAAGCUAUUCGAGACGUGCAAGGAAGUCUUUUCCUUUGAAGAUGGGGUUGACAGUGUUCCUUCCAAUGAAAAUAUUCAACGGCUACGCUCUGUCUUGGAUGACAUGAAACCGGUGGACGUUGGCCUGACUCCUGAUAUGCCAUAUUUUAGGACAACAGCGGCGCGUAGAACCCCAGCAAUCACAUACCUUCAUCUCUAUGAGUGUGAAAAGUUCUCGAUGGGGAUAUUUUGUUUGCCACCAUCUGGUGUAAUUCCACUUCAUAAUCACCCAGGAAUGACGGUUUUCAGUAAAAUUUUAUUUGGGAAAAUGCACAUCAAGUCAUAUGAUUGGGCGGUCGAUGUCCCUUGCAACGCAUCUACCCAUGUGAAUUCUACACAAAUCUCAAGUUCUGAUGUCCGGUUGGCUAAAGUGAAAGCUGACUCAGACUUCACUGCUUCGUGCAAGACCUCCAUCCUCUAUCCAGCCGAUGGAGGCAACAUGCAUUGCUUCACAGCAGUGACUGCCUGUGCGGUGCUCGAUGUGCUCGGCCCUCCGUACUCGGAUUCUGAUGGUCGGCACUGCACAUAUUACUUAGACUACCCGUUUUCCAAGUUUUCAGUUGAUGGCGUAACGGUACCGGAAGAGGAGAGGGAAACUUAUGCUUGGCUUAAAGAAAGGGAGAAACCUGAGGACUUAGCUGUAGUUGGAGCAGUGUACAGAGGCCCAAAAAUAGUGGAGAGAUGAGAUCACAUCAAGCAGUUCCAUCUGACCCACCCAUGUCGUCAUCGUUCCAUCUCAUAUAAAAUGGCUGCUGUUCAUUCUGUGCAGUAGUACUUUUUUUUUCUUUUCUUUUUUUGUGUUUUGUUUUUCGUCUCUCUGUUUUUUAUUCUGUGGAACGUGAGGCCCUUUGUGCCCCCUUUUUUUUUUUUUUUUUUUUUUUUGGUUGAUUCCCAUUACAGUUCUUGUAAAUACUCAAAAAAAGAAACGAAAGGAACAAGAUAAGUGUUCUGGUUACACCUGAAAUGGGUAUGAAAGUUGCAUUGAAAAUGUUUUGUUUUUUA